AUCUUAAAUAGCUCUCGGCAAAAAAUUAAAAAAAUACCGAACUGUCAUUAAUGUCAUUAUCUCGCUUACAGUUUACAGAGGUUAUGGAAUAUUACUGAUAUUAUCGAGACAUGUUAUGGACACCACUCAAUAAAUUAGUACAAUUUCAGUCGUUAUUUGUUCGUCACUCACAAAAUCGUAGUUUUAGCGUGUCUAAGUCAAAAUGUCAGUGGAAAAAUUCUGUGUUUGGUGCCCAUAAAGCUAACCCAAUGUCAUCCUAUAAAUUAAGAUUUAUUUUACGCGAAUUUCCCGUAACGAGGCUGUGGAAUGCCUGCUUCAGAACACAGCUACUAAGCUCUGUAGUGAGGCGAUGCCGCCGUGACCAUGUGCGGGUGUGGGUGUGCCUGCGGCAAACUUUGCUCCGUCCCCACCGGACCCUGGCCUUUACUGUAGCUGCCUACAACCAAGAUGAUGAUGAUGAUGAAGACGGGGCACCCUGCAGCCAGGACAUCACUGAUGAGGACCUCGAGGGACUGGUCCACGACUUCGAGUCGGUGGAUGAGCUGUCCCGGACGACACUGUUCUGCCCCGGCUGUCAGCGGCGGCUCGUCAUCGAUAAGAAGCAGCCAGGCGUACUCUACUGCACCUGUUCCAACACACUGCCUCCGCCCCUAUCCGAGGACGGCUGGGUGCCUUACAUGGAGGCUGAUGACGUCAUCAUCUGGCGGAAAGAGUACAAGCCAGGGGGACUCUUCGCAUACAAAGUAUAUGGGCGCUACAAAGACCUAACAGCGAGGGAUUUCGCGAUGAUCCAAGUGGACGGCGCGUACCGGCGCUCGUGGGACGACGCGGUCGCCGCCCUGUCCAUCGUGGAGCCCGAGGCCAACGGGGUGCGGUCCCAGACCGUGAUACAUUGGGAAGUUCUCUGGCCAAGGCUAUUCGCGAACCGCGACUACGUCUACCUCCGCCGGCACAAAGAGUUCAACGUGAAAAGCAAAUGCCUCGCCCACAAGGACGCCAUCUUCGCGACGCCCGAGCUGGAGCCCUGCGCGCCGCCGCCGCCGGAGCGCCCGAGCGUGCACUCGCGGGCGAAACUUAAGGCGCAGCAGAUGGAGCGGACUGAGAGGAAGUUAGGAAGCGAAAGCAGAGAAGAGAAGGUCAAUAAGGUGUACGUGAUAUUGAGCCGCUCCUGCUCUCACCCCGACGCCCCGGAGACUAAACACGCCAUCAGGGUCCAAGAAUACUGGAGCCACAUGGUGGUACGGACCAUCGACGGACCCGACACUGCGGGUAUGGAGUUCGUGCUUACGUACUACGACGAGCCGUCAGUGGGCGGUUUACCGUCCGGGGUCUCCGCCUGGGCCACGGGCCGCGCGGCUCCGUCCUACCUCGCGCGGAUGCACCGCGCCGCGCUGCACUACCGCAAGUGGCGCGCUAUGCACACGGUAUGUAGCAGCAGCUGACAUAGACGAGACGUCAGUGGGCGGGCUGCCGUUCGGGGUCUCCGCCUGGGCCACGGGCCGCGCGGCUCCGUCCUACCUCGCGCGGAUGCACCGCGCCGCGCUGCACUACCGCAAGUGGCGCGCUAUGCACACGGUAUGUAGCAGCAGCUGACAUAGACGAGACGUCAGUGGGCGGGCUGCCGUUCGGGGUCUCCGCCUGGGCCACGGGCCGCGCGGCUCCGUCCUACCUCGCGCGGAUGCACCGCGCCGCGCUGCACUACCGCAAGUGGCGCGCUAUGCACACGGUAUGUAGCAGCAGCUGACAUAGACGAGACGUCAGUGGGCGGGCUGCCGUUCGGGGUCUCCGCCUGGGCCACGGGCCGCGCGGCUCCGUCCUACCUCGCGCGGAUGCACCGCGCCGCGCUGCACUACCGCAAGUGGCGCGCUAUGCACACGGUAUGUAGCAGCAGCUGACAUAGACGAGACGUCAGUGGGCGGGCUGCCGUUCGGGGUCUCCGCCUGGGCCACGGGCCGCGCGGCUGUGUCCUACCUCGCGCGGAUGCACCGCGCCGCACUGCACUACCGCAAGUGG